CCGAAUGGAUGAGGGUCAUUUCAGGGCACUUCGUGUGAAAAUUAUCUAAUGGCUAACGAAUCGAACAGAUGAUAAUGGUGGAUUGAAGCUAAAUUCAAACUCAGAUUUUGCCGUCCCUCAAAUCGGGUAGGGAGAGUAAUUUCAAUUCAACGGGUUGGAGUGCCAAAUGAUGUAUUUUAUUGCCGACAUGUUGCACAUCAGUUGAAACUUAUUUUCGGUGGAGUUUGACCAGUUUUUCAUUACCUGUUUUGAUUCAUAUUGGAUGGAUGGCGAGUGAGUGAGUUAUCUAAUAAGUGCAGAUAUCUAUGGACAAUGAAGACCACUCGCAAGUGCAGGGCACUGCUGUCCGUUAGUAUGAAUCUUUUAGCACUAUUUUUCUCAAUAACUGCUUUCAUCACAACAUACUGGUGCGUCGGUACGCAGCGCGUCCCCAAACCGAAGUGCACUAAACUUCGCACGCACAACUGCAUCGAUUAUGGAGUGAACGAGACGGACCCCAAAGUAGUGGUGUACAGUUGGGAAACGGGGGACGACCGGUUCCUAUUCAGACAGUUCCACACCGGGAUCUGGUUCUCCUGUGCGGAGAAUAUCCAUGAUGAAGGUGAGAAAUGCAGGAGCUUUAUCGAUCUGGCUCCGGCUUCGGAGAGAGGUGUCCUAUGGCUGUCGGUGGUCUCUGAGAUGCUGUACAUAGUCCUGUUGAUAGUGGGUUUCAGCCUGAUGUGUCUAGAACUGGUUCACUCCAGCACCAGCAACAUGAUAGAUGGACUGAAACUGAACGCCUUCGCUGCAAUCUUCACCGUCCUCUCAGGGCUCCUGGGUAUGGUGGCCCACAUGAUGUACACACAGGUGUUCCAGGUGACAGUCACCCUGGGCCCUGCAGACUGGAGGCCCUAUAACUGGGACUACGGAUGGUCCUUCUGCAUGGCCUGGGCAUCCUUCACCUGCUGCAUGGGUGCAUCAGUCACCACCCUCAACUCCUACACCAAGACUGUCAUCGAGUUCCGACACAAACGCAAGACCUUCGUGCAGAGCAUCCGAAAGGAGCAGGCGCGGCAGGCGUUGGGAUACUACCGCGAUCACUCCCUGCGCUCCAUAUCCCAAACCGUGGAGGUGUACACACAGACGCCGUAUAGUGGUAUUAGGACGCAGGUACCGGCCGCGUCGUUAGACCCGAGUGACGUAUCAGAGACUCUGGGGGAAGACCAGUGCUGAAGGGAGGGAUCCCAGCGGGGAAAAACGGGUUACAACUGGUUCACGUGAUGUCGCAGUUAUGUCAUUUUUAACCAGUUUCUGGUUGUGCUGAUGUUAUUUCAUCGUCAUUUCAACUCGUUUCGCUCACCGGGAUGUGUCAAAAGUAACUGUAUGAAGUCAGUGCGAUCCAAUUGUGAUCCGUCACCUGUGUUGGGUCUUUUGGGGAUUCUGUAGCAAUUGAAUCCGUUCUGAUUGAAUUCAUCGCUGCCUUAAUUGAGCCAGGAUAUUCACUCCCUUGUUCCCAUUUUGGGCAUUGAUAGUCAUGGAAAGACAGCCGUGUACACACUGAUCAUACAACUAGAUGACCUGACACACAAGGAAAGCCGCAAUCAAUAACAAUAGCGUUUUACCCGCCCCUAACCACUGUCAAAUUCAGAGACAGAACUAUGGAUGUAAGGACUGAAUAUCCAUGAUAUCAGCAUUAUAGUUUUAACCAUGUUUUGAGGCUGUGUAGUGUUUGUUUACAUUUACUUUGUUUACAAACAUUGGAGUAAAACAAGCUUCUAUUUUGGGUUCUAAUGGGGUCAGACCGUUGAACUGAUGAGGCAUUAAUGUCAUAUUCUUCAGGAAUUCAUGGGCACAUAUCAUUCAUUUGUAUGUUCAAAAAUGGAUGCCCCUUUAAACAAGAUUUGUAACAGAAUGCCCUCUGAUUUUCCUGGGACACCAUAGGACUGUUUAUGCGAUGUUUUUGCAUGCUAUUAGCCUUACUAAAUAUGGAAAUAGGAAGGGGGUGACAAACUGCAUUCAACUCGUAUUUUAAGAAUGUGCACCGCAAAAUAUAGCUAUAAGUGUUUGCAGCGUAUACCGUGCCUAUAACGCAUAACUAUAUGAAUGUAAAUAAAUAGCACAAAGUAGAAUGGUUUUGAUCUGUCAAAUCGCUGUAAGAUGUGUAUUAUUUUCCUUUUGAAGUGGCGUAUUGUUUGUUGACUCAAUGGUCUGUUUACUGCACAUUACUCAGUAUCGGAUAAAACAAAAACUGACCACUGGACACCAAUGUUACUUGAGUACAAUUAUGACCAAUG